UUAAUGAUCAUGAGUUCGUUUUUGAUGAACUCUCAGCCGUACGUGGACCCGAAAUUUCCACCCAGCGAGGAGUAUUCGCAAGGAAAUUAUAUCCCGGAUUACUACGGACAGCACCACCAACAUUACGGUGGCUUCCACGCGGCGCCCGUGAGUUAUGGCCCGGCGGAAAACGGCACUGCGGGUUUCACGAAUCACGGCAGCUCUCCACACAGUUACUAUCAGCACUCGUGCAGUCUCAGUCAGAACACGGUGACACCGCUAAGUGUCGACCACGUCGGGACAGACGACAGCCUUCACCAUCAUCCGCACAACAGGUCCUCGCCGGACAGUUCGCCACCCCCAGGUUCUCUUCACCAGAGAUCCGACACUCAAAACUCGGACUGUUCGGGAUCCGAAGCUCCUGUUAUAUACCCAUGGAUGAAAAAAGUCCACACCAAUAACCCCGUGAAUGGAAACUUCCCAGGUAUCGAACCGAAACGACAGAGGACUGCUUACACAAGGCAUCAGAUUCUGGAACUUGAGAAGGAGUUCCACUUCAAUCGUUACUUGACGAGGCGGAGGCGCAUUGAGAUCGCCCACUCCCUCUGCCUCUCCGAAAGACAAAUAAAAAUCUGGUUUCAGAAUCGGCGCAUGAAGUGGAAAAAAGACAACAAACUUCCCAAUACGAAAAACGUUAAGAAAAAGCAACAGCCAAAUACCAACAGCGCAAGCAAUGCUAACAAUAGUAACAGUAGCAAUACCAGCAGCAACAGGCCUCAACAGCCAGCACUCGUCCCUCUCCAAGGCAGAGGUCUUCACACACCCCAUAUGCCGCCAUGCAGCACGCCUAUUGAACCCAAAGAUGAAUAUGGCCUCACAGAGCUGUGAUACGCUCUUCGCAUGCCAAACUCUACCACUGUAUAUUGACACUUUUGCAAUAUGGACAAUGCAGUAGACUUUAAAAAGUUACUGUAAAGUUUAUCACACCAAGCACCUCAAGAAGGAAGGCACUUUUCGAGAUGCUGCUAGCGUAUUCAACGCAGCACACCUAUUACGAUUCACUAAUGGCAAUAAGCAAUACAUUGCAAGGAUGACUACUUGUAGAACUUUGCAAUGCAUACCAUCAUAAAUAUCACCAUUAGAAAAAUUCCAUUUGCAGCAUUUCGGGCAACAUUCUCCAUUGUCCCUUCCUUCCAUGUUUCAUACGUGCUAGUUGUACCAGAGAACACUUUCUGACAUAGAACAACGCCAAAUCACUUGAAAUAAUCGUCCCACUGCUUGCCACGUUGAAUGUGAAUAGAAAUGCUUCUGUUCACCUAAUCUACGAAUGUUACCUGGACACAAAGAAAUAGUGGAACAAAGUUGCAGGUAAAGAAUAGGUGAACAAUAUAAGGUGUUUAAACUUGUGAUAUAAAUAAGAAAAUCAUGGUUUUUGAUUUUGAAUUAAGCGUAUAUGACUCCUUACGCAUUCUUCUGCUGUUUAGUGCCAUGUUGUUUAAGGAAACUCGUAACUGAAGUUAUGGCGAAAUUGUCAAUACUAUGCUUGAAAAAUUUUUCCUGAUUGCACAGUCUAAAUAUCAUAUUUUAUACAUUUUGUAACUCAAAUCAUAAUGAUUAAUUAGCCUACAGUUACUGAAUCCUCAUUAAUGACGAAAAUGUAAAAGUUAAAUUUAACAUUUUAUCAGGAUUAAUUAUCAUUUAAUAUUAUAUUUAAGUAAUGCUUAGUGGAUAAUAACAAUUUAAGCCAAUUUUAUUUUUACAUACAAUUUUCAUCACUAUUUAUACAAUUUAUCAUCUGCAUAACAAUUCAUACAACUUCUCACAAAAAUUUAUCAAGCAUUUAUAUACUGAAGAUAAUUUGUAUUUAUAAUAACAAAUAUGAAAUGGAAUGUAUGAAACAAAAUUUUACUCUGUCAUUAUACCAAAUCACAAGUACGGUUUGACAUGAAAACUUCCUUAAUUUUUUAACAUUUACAUCAGUAUAAGGUAAAAUAAAUCUAAUAUUUACGUAAAAAAAGGGAAAAAUAUGUAUCUGCCUUUGAUUCUUGAUACUGAAAAAUAUAGAAAUCUUAAAUAGAAAUGUAAAUUUCUGCUUUUGAAUGAAACUUUGAGCAAAUUUCAGCCUUUUUGAGCAUAUUAUUUUGCAUAUGAAUUAAAAUUAACGACUUAAAACAUCAACAGC